AUGGGCAACAAGGCUGAGUACUGGGUAAAUGGCAGUGGCAACCUCCUGCAUCUCAAGUUCCCUGCAAGGUUAGACUUCCACAGCAAGUACAGCCACUUGGGACCCUACUUCAGCCUUCCAGACUCAGGUCUGGACUUGACGACCUUGAAAAGGGCCAGAGGUCACUUUGAGCUGCAUUUUCUGUCACCUGAUGGUGAGGAAAGCACACAAUACCCCCAAGAAGCACUUGACAUGUCACACAGGGUCCUUCAGACAUUAUCUACACUGACAACUGAAGUGGAAGAUGUCCGGAAUGCCUUCAGAGUGACCUGGCAUUCCAAGCCUCUGUUCAAAGACCUUCCCAAUGACAAUCAAGGGGCUGUCCCUUGUGUUUCUCGCAGCAACAUAGGAAGGUUCAAAGAGUUGCUUAGUCUAAGCAAAGCAAAGAAGUUAGCGCAAUCAAAAGAGGAGAAGUCAAGCUCGAGCAACAAUGGACAUAACACUGCAUCAGAAGUCGUGCGUAUACAUGACCUGUAUGACCCAGACAGUCGCUACUCCAGUUUGGGAAGCCUGCACAAUACCAAGGUUGAGUGUCCUGACAUCCAGGACAGUCAGGGUGCCCUCAUUCACCCUCGGGACUACAGGACAAAGUUGCAGCAAGCGCACUUUGUUGAGGUUGAGGUAUAUCUUGUGGAGAAUUCCUGCCAAAACUAA